AUGCCACCACCACCACCACCACCAGCAGGAGAAGGCGAAAAUCUCGAGCGCGAUAUCUUUGGUGACGGUUCUGAACUAUCUUCAGAGGAAGAUGGCACGUUCUUCUCUCCCUUCUCACAUUAUCUCCAACUCACCGCACUUGUUUCUCUCACAGAUGUCCCACAGCAGCGCCAGAGACAGCAGCAACGCCGUCCCGUCGAAGAAGAUACCUUUGGCUCAUCUGGAGAAUCUAGCGAUGCUUACGUGCAGGAGCGCCAGGUCAAACCCAAACGUCGCGUCAAACGUCGCGAGGACGACGAACCUCGUAGGGUACAGAAAAAGCGCAAACGAAAACAACCGCUCACCGAGGAAGACCUUAACGAUCUUCCCCCUGAGAAAGCAAAUAAACUUCGGCUAGACAUGCAGUUCGAUGCUAUUCUCAAGCCCAAAAAGGCAAAUCGGCAGAAGAAGCCAAAAAAAGAUGACGAAGAGAUUCUAGACCGGUUCGCGGAUGAGGAAGUAUCUCGUCUCAGGGAGGCCAUGCUUGGUGCCGCAGCUGAUGACGAACAAGCUAAUCGCGAUAAGCUCCCCGCUACCAACAAAUUGAAACUUCUUCCUCAAGUAAUGGAGGUCCUUCGCAAGCAAUCACUCUCACAAUCUAUAAUGGACAACAACCUUUUGGAAGGUGUCCGUCGCUGGCUGGAACCACUCCCAGACCGCUCUCUCCCAGCCCUUAAUAUCCAGCGUGACUUUUUUCCAAUUUUAAAACGCAUGGAAUUUAUCGACAGUGCCGUACUCAAAGAAUCCGGCCUGGGACGCGUCGUGUUAUUUUACACCAAAUGCAAACGCGUUACAUCCGAUGUACAGCGCCUUGCCAACGAACUCGUAUCUACCUGGUCACGCCCCAUCAUCAAGCGCAGCGCCUCAUACCGUGAUCGUGUCGUUCCGAUCGCAGAGGAGGACGGCACAGAGCGCACAAACGAACGUCUCAACGCUAUUUUAGCACGUGCAAAGGAGGGAGAAAAGAACCGCAUCCGGAAGAACGCCGUUAUGAUCCCGCAGAAGGACAUUGGCACGUACACGGUCGCACCGAGGACCAGUGCGAGCGUGAUGAAGGGUAACCCGAGUGUGGAUACUGAUACUGUGCGCAGGAAAGUUAAUGCUGAGCGGUUGAGGACCCUUUCUAGGAAAAUGGCCACUCGUGCAUGA